CCUGUGGUCUGCAUUGUCUUCUCCCUGCAGUUACAGUAUAGCCUAGAACAGAGGAAUUGACCUGUAGUUGUCCGGCAUCCUGAGUGUCUCUGAGAGGGCCAGACUCUAUUCACUGACACCAUUGUUGCUUUUUCUCAAUGACCUGUGCUGUUAGCUGGUCCCUAGAAGUCUUGGAGUUCCCAGUGCAGAGAACCAUCACAUGGCUCUGGAGAUGCAGAGCUUGGGCCAGGACUCAGCUCAGCCUGGCACUCUGUGUGACAUUUUGGGAUGGUGGUGUGAGGAUAGAGUGAAGGUGACCAGGCCAUGAACCGGGAGAGCAGCUAACCCAGAAGACCAUUGACAUAAUCCUAGAGCAGGUGGUUUGAAGGCUGGGUACUAGAACCCUGCCAAGGGAUACAGCUUUCCUGGACAGCAGGGAUCAUAUCUGAAGGCUGAGCUAGGACUACCUUUUGCAGAAGAGGUGAGCAGCUGGUAACUGCAUGGGCAGGUGGGAGCUGAAUGGAUCCGCCUGCUCAGGCAUUUGAGCUCUAAUUUAUUAAUCAUCAGCACUCACAGUGUCAUCAUUACUGUCUUUUUUUCUGGCAGGAACCUGCUCAUGACAAGGGUUCCCAUACCUGUACCCGUAGUGGAACCAUAUUGAGUCCUUCUUUUUCCCAAACUCCUCUCAUGUACUCCCGUGUCCUUUGCAUGGUUCAUCUCUGCAAGGCCAGGUGACAACUUUUGCUCUUCUUGUGGAUUACUUGGUUUGCAAGACGCUGCCAGUGAGACUUGAAGUUUACGCAGCUGGGACCUGGGCCUCCUCAAUUUUGUACCUGCAUGUGCUGGUGGAAAUUUGGAACGUGUUGGAGCCACUGUUUACCUGGACAUCUUGAGCCAUUUUGAACUUAAGGCACUGACGCUGCUAGCAAUGAGCUCCCAAAGCCAUCCAGAUGGUGGGAUUGGUUGUUGUCCAGUCAUAUCAGCCCUUGAUGACCAAGAUUGGGAUGGGCAGGUCCCUGUUGUAUCAGUGACUAAAAUGCUACUGUCACCCUUGCUGGACUCUGUCCUUUUACCUGGCUGUGUCUGGUCAUUGUGUCAGCACCAUGCUGCCUCAGAUGGACUUUCUGGCCGAGACCAGCCUGUGGAGCUGCUGAAUCCUGCCCGUGUGAACCACAUGCCCAGCACGGUGGACGUGGCUACAGCGCUGCCUCUGCAAGUGGCCCCUGCAGCAGUACCCAUGGAUCUGCGCUUGGACCACCAGUUUUCACUGCCCUUGGAACCUGCAUUGCGGGAGCAGCAACUACAGCAGGAACUCCUAGCACUGAAACAGAAACAGCAGAUCCAGCGGCAGAUACUCAUCGCAGAGUUCCAGCGUCAACAUGAGCAGUUGUCCCGACAGCAUGAGGCACAGUUGCAUGAACAUAUCAAGCAGCAGCAGGAGAUGCUGGCCAUGAAGCACCAGCAGGAGCUGCUGGAGCACCAGCGGAAACUGGAGCGGCACCGGCAAGAGCAGGAGCUGGAGAAGCAGCACCGUGAGCAGAAGCUGCAGCAGCUCAAGAACAAGGAGAAGGGCAAAGAGAGUGCUGUGGCGAGCACAGAGGUGAAGAUGAAGCUGCAGGAGUUUGUUCUCAACAAGAAGAAGGCUCUAGCCCACCGGAACCUGAACCACUGCAUUUCCAGCGAUCCCCGCUACUGGUAUGGGAAGACACAGCACAGCUCCCUUGACCAGAGCUCUCCACCCCAGAGUGGGGUGUCAGCCUCCUACAACCACCCCGUCUUGGGAAUGUACGACGCCAAAGAUGACUUCCCUCUUAGGAAAACAGCUUCUGAACCUAACCUGAAAUUACGGUCGAGGCUUAAGCAGAAAGUAGCUGAGAGACGGAGCAGCCCCCUGUUGCGCAGGAAAGAUGGCCCUGUAGCCACUGCUCUAAAAAAGCGACCCCUGGAUGUUACAGACUCCGCAUGCAGCAGCGCCCCUGGCUCCGGUCCCAGCUCUCCCAAUAGCAGCUCUGGCAACGUCAGCACUGAGAAUGGCAUCACACCCACCGUGCCCAGCGCUCCAGCUGAGACGAGCUUGGCACACAGACUUGUGACUCGAGAAGGCUCAGUCGCCCCACUUCCUCUCUACACAUCACCAUCCUUACCCAACAUCACCUUGGGACUUCCUGCUACUGGCCCUGCCGCUGGUGCAGCAGGCCAGCAGGAUGCUGAGAGGCUUGCUCUCCCAGCUCUCCAGCAGCGGAUCUUAUUCCCUGGCACCCACCUUACCCCGUACCUGAGCACCUCACCCCUGGAGCGGGACGGUGCAGCAGCUCACAAUCCCCUCCUGCAGCACAUGGUCCUGCUGGAGCAGCCACCCACCCAGACACCCCUUGUCACAGACUGGUAUCUUUCAGGCCUGGGGGCGCUGCCCCUCCACACACAGUCCCUGGUUGGUGCGGACAGGGUGUCCCCAUCCAUUCACAAGCUGCGGCAGCACCGCCCUCUGGGGCGCACUCAGUCGGCACCCCUGCCGCAGAACGCACAGGCCCUGCAGCACCUGGUGAUCCAGCAGCAGCACCAGCAGUUCCUGGAGAAGCACAAGCAACAGUUCCAGCAGCAGCAGCUGCACCUCAGCAAGAUAAUUUCUAAACCUAGCGAGCCACCUCGGCAGCCUGAGAGCCACCCAGAGGAGACAGAGGAGGAGCUCCGUGAACACCAGGCCUUGCUGGAUGAGCCCUACCUAGAUCGGAUACCUGGGCAGAAGGAACCCUCCCUAGCUGGUGUGCAGGUGAAGCAGGAGCCCAUUGAGAGUGAGGAGGAAGAAGUGGAGGCCACUCGAGAGGCAGAACCCAGCCAGCGCCCCGCCACUGAACAGGAGCUACUCUUCAGACAGCAAGCCCUCCUACUGGAGCAGCAGAGGAUCCACCAGUUAAGAAACUACCAAGCAUCUAUGGAGGCCGCUGGCAUCCCUGUGUCAUUUGGCAGCCACAGACCUCUGUCUCGGGCACAGUCCUCCCCAGCAUCUGCCACCUUCCCCAUGUCGGUCCAGGAGCCCCCCACCAAGCCAAGGUUCACCACAGGUCUUGUAUAUGACACACUGAUGUUGAAGCAUCAGUGCACCUGUGGGAACACCAACAGCCACCCAGAGCAUGCUGGGAGGAUCCAGAGCAUCUGGUCUCGCCUGCAGGAGACUGGACUCCGUGGCAAGUGUGAGUGCAUCCGUGGACGCAAGGCCACAUUGGAAGAGCUGCAGACAGUGCACUCAGAGGCCCACACACUCCUCUAUGGCACAAAUCCUCUCAACAGACAGAAACUGGACAGCUCACUGACCUCCGUGUUUGUCAGGCUUCCUUGUGGUGGUGUUGGGGUGGACAGCGACACCAUAUGGAAUGAGGUGCACUCGUCUGGGGCAGCCCGCCUGGCUGUAGGCUGUGUAGUGGAGCUGGUCUUCAAGGUGGCUACAGGAGAGCUAAAGAAUGGCUUUGCUGUGGUUCGUCCCCCAGGACACCAUGCCGAGGAGAGCACACCCAUGGGUUUCUGCUACUUUAACUCCGUGGCAGUAGCAGCCAAACUUCUCCAGCAGAGGCUGAAUGUGAGCAAGAUCCUCAUUGUAGACUGGGAUGUGCACCAUGGGAAUGGGACCCAGCAGGCCUUCUACAAUGACCCCAAUGUUCUCUACGUGUCCCUGCACCGCUAUGACGAUGGGAACUUCUUCCCAGGAAGUGGAGCACCAGAUGAGGUGGGCACAGGGCCAGGCGUGGGUUUCAAUGUCAACAUGGCUUUCACGGGUGGCCUCGAACCCCCCAUGGGAGAUGCAGAGUACUUGGCAGCCUUCAGAACGGUGGUCAUGCCAAUCGCAAAUGAGUUUGCCCCAGAUGUGGUACUGGUGUCAUCAGGCUUCGAUGCUGUGGAGGGCCACCCUACACCUCUUGGAGGGUACAAUCUCUCUGCCAAAUGUUUCGGGUACUUGACAAAACAGCUGAUGGGCUUAGCUGGUGGCCGGCUUGUGCUGGCCCUUGAGGGAGGCCAUGACCUGACAGCCAUCUGUGAUGCUUCUGAAGCAUGCGUUUCUGCUCUGCUGGGAAACGAGCUUGAGCCUCUGCCAGAAAAGGUUCUACAUCAGAGACCCAAUGCCAAUGCUGUCCACUCCAUGGAGAAAGUGAUGGACAUCCACAGCAAGUACUGGCGCUGCCUGCAGCGUCUGUCCUCCACGGUGGGGCACUCUCUGAUUGAGGCGCAAAAGUGUGAGAAGGAAGAAGCCGAGACAGUCACCGCCAUGGCCUCGCUGUCUGUAGGCGUCAAACCUGCUGAGAAGAGAUCUGAGGAGGAGCCCAUGGAGGAGGAACCACCACUGUAGCCCGAAGCUGCUGUUCUCGCCUUUGUUUGUCUGUCUUGAAGCUCAGCCAAGAAACUUACCCGUGUCACUCCUGCGUCCUGCCUAUUGCUCUCUUGAGUACAAAGGGACAGCAGGCGUGCAGCAGCAACGGGAGGCCUUUCUGCCGCCCUGGACCACAGGUCUGGAGACGCACACAGAACACCGGGUGUGGCAGAUCACAUGGAACACAGGACAGCGCGCGACACACGGGCACACAGACACGUGGAAGCCAAGCACACGCUGGUGGGUCCCCCCUCCCCCUGGGAAGCCGAGAAGGAAGAAGCUUGUGGCAACUUGGGUAGAGUUGCUGAAUCAAGUUAACAUGAGGAAAAUGAAAAUCAAAGAUCUAAUAAUACAGAACAAACUUGAUUAAAACUGGUGCUUAACAUUUGAUUCUUACCCACAAUCCCACAGUCUCUGUGUAAACCACUCAACUCAUCUUGUAGCUUUUUUUUUUUUUU